CACUUCCGGCCUGGUGGGGGUAGGGCAGUCUUUGAGUUUCGGAGGGGCUGGGAGAGAGCUCACGCAAUUAGAUCUUGUCGGAAGACGAGGCUCGGCUCUUGCCAGGCAACUUGAGACAUGUCUGACACAAGCGAGAGUGGUGGUGCGGGUCUAACCCGCUUCCAGGCUGAAGCUUCAGAAGAAGACAACAGCCUGAUGAUGCAGACCCUAUUGACAGUGACUCAGAACCUGGAGGUCUCAGAGGCACCAAAGGCCUCAAAGGCAUCAGAGGUCUUGGAGACCCUGAAGGUCUCAAAUCAUCCGGGUGUCUCAAAGACCACAGAGGUCUCAGAGGUUCCACAGUCUCAAGAGGCAGCUGCCACCCAGGCCUCAUCUACUACUCAGCUGACUAAUACCCGGGUUCUGGCAGCUGAAAACAAGAGUCCAGCUGCUGACCCCAAAACGCAGAAUGCUGACCCACAGGCUGUGACAAUACCUGCCACUGAGACCAAAAAGGUCAGCUGCAUGGCUGGUACCCAGGUCAUUACAAAGGCCUUGGAAACUGAGGCUGCUGCCUCUCAGGCUCUGGCAGAUAAACCUGAGUCUGAGAAUGCAGCUGCCCAGGCUCAGGAGAAUCAGGAUACCCGGCCCAAAGUCAAGGCCAAGAAAGCCCGAAAGGUGAAGCAUCUGAAUGGGGAAGAGGAUGGCAGCAGUGAUCAGAGUCAGGCUUCUGGAACCACAGGUGGUCGAAGGGUCUCAAAGGCCCUAAUGGCCUCAAUGGCCCGCAGAGCCUCAAGGGGCCCCAUAGCCUUUUGGGCCCGCAGGGCAUCAAGGACUCGGUUGGCUGCUUGGGCCCGGAGAGCCUUGCUCUCCCUGAGGUCUCCUAAGGCCCAUAGGGGCAAGGCUCGCCGUAGAGCUGCCAAGCUUCAAUCAUCCCAAGAACCCCAAGCACUGCCACCUCGGGAUGUAGCCAUUUUGCAAGGCAGGGCAAAUGAUUUGGUGAAAUACCUGCUGGUUAAAGACCAAACAAAGAUCCCCAUCAAGCGCUCAGACAUGCUGAAGGACAUCAUCAAAGAAUACACUGAUGUGUACCCUGAAAUCAUUGAACGAGCAGGCUAUUCCUUGGAGAAGGUUUUUGGGAUUCAGUUGAAGGAAAUCGAUAAGAAUGACCACUUGUACAUUCUUCUCAGCACCCUAGAGCCUACUGAUGCAGGCAUACUGGGAACGACAAAGGACUCACCCAAGCUGGGUCUCCUCAUGGUGCUUCUUAGCAUCAUCUUCAUGAAUGGAAAUCGGUCCAGUGAGGCUGCCAUCUGGGAGGUGCUACGCAAGUUAGGGCUGCGCCCUGGGGUGCAUCACUCACUCUUUGGGGAUGUGAAGAAGCUCAUUACUGAUGAGUUUGUGAAGCAGAAGUACCUGGACUAUGCCAGAGUCCCCAAUAGCAAUCCUCCUGAGUAUGAGUUCUUCUGGGGCCUGCGCUCCUACUAUGAGACCAGCAAGAUGAAAGUCCUCAAAUUUGCCUGCAAGGUACAAAAGAAGGAUCCCAAGGAAUGGGCAGCUCAGUACCGAGAGGCAAUGGAAGCAGAUUUGAAGGCUGCAGCUGAGGCUGCAGCUGAAGCCAAAGCUAGGGCCGAGAUUAGAGCUCAAAUGGGUAUUGGGCUCGGCUCUGAGAAUGCUGCUGGGCCCUGCAACUGGGAUGAAGCUGAUAUUGGACCCUGGGCCAAAGCCCGGAUCCAGGCAGGAGCUGAAGUGAAAGCCAAAGCCCAAGAGAGUGGUGGUGCCAGCCCUGGUACAAGUGCCAGUGCCAGUGGUAGCCUCAGUGCUGGUGCCAGCCUGACUGCCACCCUCACAUUUGGCCUCUUUGCUGGCCUCAGUGGAGCUGGCACCAGUACCAGUGGCAGCCCUGGUGCCUGUGGUUUCUCCUACAAGUGAGAUUUCAGAUUUUGCUAAUCUCAGCAGUCUUUAUCUUCGAGCCAGGGUGCAUCCUCAGAAACAUUCAACACAGCACUCUAGGCAGCCACUAUCAAGCAAUUGAAGCUGACACUCUACAUUAAAUCUGUUUGCCAUUUCUGG